UGCCGCGCGCGCCAAGUGCCAAGGAGAGGAAGCGCAGCGACGGAGCCGAGCUAAGCUCGGCUUUCCUCGACCGACCGUAGGCGCAGUCUCUCAUCGUCAGUCUUUCUCGUCUUCAGCUUCGAGAGAGCACGCUUUCGGGGUCAGAUCUGUCUUGGAGUGUGUCAACCUCGUCUCAACCCUCAGCUGUCCUCGGUCAUUGACCCGAUACAUCGGCCCGUUCUCGCUGUUCACGCGAUCUCUCACGGGGUGCUGUGUGCAGUGUGGUCUCGAGAAGUGUUCUUUGCGGGGUGCACUCGGUAUCGUCGCACAGGCGAGAAUAAACACAGGGAUUUCGUGCGCAUAUACGUUGUUUCCCCUUUUUCCACUGGUCAUUGUCAUCUCGUUAUAUAUCGCAUCUCCUCCCCCCUCUCCCUUCCCUCUCCGUACUUCAUUGUUUUCACGCAUUCGCUCGCCGCUGAUUCGAGUCGCACCGCGCGGCUGUACACGAGACGAGUCUAUCAGAGAAGCGUCAGAAGCAUGGUGGAUCAACAGCAGACGGACCAGCAACAGGAAGCCGUGCCAAGCGUGGUGGAGUUGAACGUGGGCGGUGUAUUUUACACCACCGCUCUCACCACCCUCACCCGAGAAGGCGAUUCUCAUCUGGCCGCUUUGUUUUCGGGGAAAACGCCGGUAGAGAAAGAUGCGAAGGGGAAAUAUUUCCUGGACCGUGACGGGGUACUAUUCCGUUAUGUCCUCGAUUUCUUGCGCAAUCAGGCACUGGUUCUACCGGAAGGGUUUCGAGAGAAGGAAAGAUUGAAACAGGAAGCGAAUUUUUACGGUUUGCCCGGCUUGGAACGUGCCAUUGUGGAGAACGGCAAGUCUUCCGGUUCCUUGACCUCUUCCGGGAAAAGAGCAUCCGGAUACAUAACGGUCGGUUAUCGUGGAAGCUUUGCGUUCGGUCGCGAGGGUCUCACGGAUGUAAAAUUCCGGAAGCUAUCGAGGAUUCUUGUAUGCGGCCGCGUGGCUCUUUGCAGGGCCGUGUUUGGGGAGACUCUAAACGAAAGCCGGGAUCCGGACCACGGUACCACGAAUCGUUACACCUCCAGGUUCUUCCUCAAGCACAGCUCCAUCGAGCAGGCUUUCGACAUGCUUCAAGAGCAAGGUUUUAAACUGGCCGGUAGCUGCGGCUCUGGCACAGCUGGCGGCAAUUCGGAACAACUGAAACCCGGAGUGGAUUCCGAAGAGAAUCGUUGGAAUCAUUACAACGAGUUCGUUUUUGUUCGCGAAUAAAUAGCAUACUUCGGUCUUCCUUGGUCUGAAUUAGCUAAACGAGUGGGCUGUUGAGAAUAGUCGAUGUCCUUUUGACGCGAUCGACGAAGAUCCAGUCCCAGCUUUCAAAUGGAAUUCUCCGAUUUUUUCGUCGACGUCGACGACACAGAGGAAUUGCCUUCCUGAAGACUUUCCUUUUCGAACUGAGAUCGCAACCGGUAGGGUAAAGAGUAGAUGAACUUUUUUCGUCGUUGCGCCACCACUGUGCAUGUACUAUUCAAAUUCAUUGAGCUAUAAUAGAACGGUAAUGCCAGGAAUUCCUUUUUCAAAUGUUCUUCGCUCAUUUCUUCCACGAAUAGACCUGGAAAGGAUGUUGACGGUAGAGGCACGUAACGUUCUCACUAUUUGAAUGAAGUUCGUCUGCAAACGACGAGGGGAUCUUUGUUGAAAUUAGCAGACUUGUCUCUAGCACGUGUAUUUCAACGCGGUGUUGAACGUCGGUCGAAGCAGUUCGGAGAUGAAACAAG